AUGGAGGCCAUCUCGGACCUGGUGGAGCGUGAGGACGCCGGGGAGGACAUCAUGUCCUCGCAGGAGAAGCUCAAGCUGGUCCGGGAAGACCCCAUCGUGUGUGCCAUGAUGUUCCGCGAAAUCGUGCUGCAACUGAAGAAAUAUCUUCGCAUGAAGAACAAAGGACCGAUGGGCCAAUAUUAUAUGACCGACUGGUUCAUCCGGAUCGAGUUCCAGCAGAGAGGGGCGCCACACUGCCAUGGACUCCUCUGGCUGAACAACGGUCCGGAUGAGCCCCUCAUCGACAGGGAGGAAGCGGUGCGCUUCGCCGACGAACUGCUCACCUGCGACUCGACCCACCCGCUAGCGGAGAGGAACAGCCACAGCCACACCACCACCUGCUUCAGGAAGAAAAGCAUCCAGAGGCGGUUCCGGCUGAAGAAGCUAGACCCGCACGAGGCGCACCGCCACUGCCGCUUCGACGCGCCCUUCUGGCCGACGCCGCGCACCAGGAUCCUGGACCCGCUGUUCUUGGACACUGACGAGCGGCCGGAGGACGAGCGCGGCGACUGCAGCUGGGAGGACUACAUCAAGAGCCUCCGCGAGUUGCGGCUGCGCCUCAAGGACGUGCUGUCGUCGCCAAGCUGCCCGGACACCCUGGAGGCUGUGUGGCGCGAGGCGGGCUGCCCCGACGACCGCAGUUACGAGUUGGCCAUCCGGACGGGCCUGAAGCACGUCAAGAUCAUCUACAGGCGGACGGUCCAAGACAAAUGGACCAACUCCUACUUGCGGUGGGUUCUGGACGUGCUGGGAUUCAACAGUGACGCACAGGUCGUACUGGACGUGUACAGCUUGGUGCGCUACUGUGUCUCCUACGUCACCAAAGCAGAAAAAAAUCACAGCCAGCUGCACAACGAAAUCACGACACUGAGAAGAGAACACGCGUUUGACGACCGCACCCUAAUGAGAAUGCUGGCCUCCAAGUGUCUGCGCGCCAAGGAAACGUCGGCCCAGGAGGCCAGCUGGAUUUUGCUAAAUUUUCCUCUGUCCGAAAUGAGCCGAAAAUGCUCUUUCAUUGAUACCUCCCUACCAGACGAACGGCACCACUGCCCCAAGCCCAAGAAGGACAUCGACGCCCUGCCAGAGGGAGCCACAGACCUUUGGUAUCCGGACGUCUUCGACGUGUACGCCAACCGCCACGACGACCUCGAGAACACCACCCUGGCCGAGUUCGUCGCCGUGCACCACCAAAGCAACAACAUGAAGCCCAGGAAGAAGGACCGAAUCAUCCGGUACCGGCGCUUCAACGAGAACGGCGACAACAAGGACCAGAGAGAGAACUUCUACAGGAGCAUGUGCACCCUGCACAUCCCCUGGCGCAAUGAGCAGGACGACAUUCUGUCGGCCGGAGCAGCGGACGGCGGCUUUGAGGGCCUGUACGAGCGCCACGAACCGGACAUACUGCCCAGACGAGCCCGCUUCGAAGGCAUGCUCGGCCGCCCAGACUGCGACAUGGAGGGAGAGCUGCAGAACGUCGUUGCUGAGGACGAGGCGGAGGCCAACGAAGCUGCCGAGGCUGCGCGCCGCCAGCUCGCCGGAGACGGCAAGUACGUGUUCGAGGAGGCCGAGUUCAUGGAUGCCGGAGCCCAGGACAUCGACGUGGACCUGCCGGAGCCGCGGUUCAACCAGCCUAGGACGGACCCCGUGGCCACGGUGCGACGGCGCGGCAUCUGGGACAGGGACACGUUCCUCUACAACAUCCGGCGCCUCAACACCAAGCAGCGCGAAGUGGUGCUGGCCGUGUACGACGGGGUCCGCCUCAACAGCGAGCCUAUGCUGCUCUACAUCGACGGCGCGGCCGGGACGGGGAAGUCCCUCGUGGCGCAGUGCUGCGCCAACGCCUUCGACACCUUCGCGGCCCCCAACGACAAGAGCAGCGCCGCCAGAGUCAUCUCGUGCGCACCAACGGGAAAGGCCGCCUGCAUCAUCGGAGGAAUGACGAUACACCAUUCCCACAAGCUUCCCUACAACCAAGAGGAAGGCGCCACGAAGCGCAUGCACGACGGACACGCCCCCAUGCCCCCUCUGCAGGGCCAGCAGCUUGCUAACCUGCAGAACUUUUUCCUGCAUGUCGAGGCCCAGCUCAUUGAUGAAAUAAGUAUGGUGUCGGCCAGGAAUUUCUUGGCAAUGGACCAGCGCUCAAGGGAAGCCAAGGGCAAGGAGUCUGAUUUCGGAGGCCUGUGGACCAUCGUCUUCGGAGACUUCAGACAGCUGACUCCAGUCGGAGGCUCGGCUGUUUACAAGAGUUCCACUACUGAAAUAAGUGGAAGCGCGGCUUUGUGGCAAAAAUUCCAGUACGUGGAACUGACGCAGAACAUGCGCCAGGGCGACGACAAGAAGUAUGCCGAGCUGCUCGCCAUCAUCGGCGACGCCGAGACACCCCUGAGCGACGCCGACUGCGACCUGAUCGAGACGCGUUUCGUGGAGAAGAACAACCUCAUCGUCCCGGAUGAGGUGCCCCGAAUCUACCAGUACAACGACGACAAGGACAGGCACAACAACACCAAGCUUCUCCGGGCCGAAAUAAGGAAGAUCUUCCGCGUGAUCGCGCGAGACCGGGUCCAGACGAAGUCCACUUACAAAGACUACUCCCGGCAACGCCGAGAAGAGAAAGCAGAGACCAUCCUGCAGCGCGCCGAGGCCCUCAACGUGGCCAAGGCGGAGGGGCUGCCCUCCGAGCUGCUCGCCGUCGUGGGCCGGCCGUACAAGUUGACGUACAACCAGGACACCGCCGACCACCUCGUCAACGGCGCCGUCGGCACGCUGGUCUGGGUGCAGCUGGGCGUGCUGUCCGCGUCGUGCCUCGCUGCAGGCGCAGAAACGGCCCUGGCUGUGCACAAGCUGUGGCUUCGUUUUCCGGGCAACUGUGGGGCCCUCGCCAGUCGGGCCGCGGCGGGCGAGCUCCGCCUUGCCAUCCAGCGCCAGAACAGCUUCCCCGCGGACAUGGUGAACGCCCUGCCCUUCGACUUGCCGCCCAGCCCCCACGGCGACGAGCUGCACGGCCUGGUGCCCAUCGAGCGCCGCGACCUGGUGCUGCGGAAAGUCUGGACUGAGAAGUGGCGCGAAGUGGUGCGCCAACAAUUCCCACUCAGUCCGGCUCACGCAGACACCAUUCAUUCGUCGCAGGGAAGUGGCUACGAGACCGCCUGCUUCCACUACGACCCGGGGAUGACGAAUGAAAUGGUGUACGUCGCGAUGAGCAGGGUGCUCUCUCUCGCCGGCCUCUACAUGACGUACUCGAAACGGAGCAGGAGCUUACAUACGACGCGGGACGGCCGGGUGACAAAACAGAAAGACCGCCGACCCCCGCGCCUCUUCGUCCACCCGAAGAUCCGGCCCGCCAACCACCCUAUCAGGAGAGAGAAGGAGCGCCUGCGCACCAAGACAUUCCGACCGCGCUGGGCAGGACUACUGCAGCGGCCAGCUGACUCGCUGCGCGCCGUCUUCCACAACGUGCAGAGCCUGCGCGCACACCACCCCGACGUUACCCGGGACACGGAGGUCUUCAUGGCGGCCGACAUGUUGCUCCUUGCCGAGACGUGGCUCCGGCCCGAGGACAAUGUCGACCUGGGCCACGGCAUGCGGCAGGUGGCGCGCUGCGACAUGGCCAGGGCAGCGCCGGGACACGCGGCAGGCGGCGUGGCCAUCUACUAG